UGGCACAAUAAUUACUAUACCUUCAUGCGGCUCCAUUAUCCUCGAUGCCGGCGAAGGCACACUGGGCUCUAUGAUUCGUCAUUUUGGUCCGUUGGGAAGUCCUGGACGUGACGGUCGGAUGAGCCUUGAGGAAUUUUUGCGGGGAAUCAAGUGCAUUUUCAUUUCUCAUCUCCAUGCUGAUCAUCACUUUGGUGUCGUGCGAAUACUAGACAUGUGGAACCGGCUUCAACACGGUACUGAUGCUGUGAUAUAUGUUGCUGCGCCUGGAAGAUUUAUGAAAUGGUUGGACGAAUAUAGCGAUGUUCAAGAUAUUGGACUGUCAAGAAUACGAUUCAUUGAUAAUAGAAACUUGCUGAGACGAAACACGCCAAUAAAAUCGAUCGAUUCAACAAUACAAGCAAUGUUGAACUCGCUGAAACUGCAACGUAUGGAAUCUGUUGAAGUCAUUCAUUGCGCUGCAGCAUAUGGUGUGAGCAUAGAACAUACUCAAGGAUGGAAGAUUGUCUACUCGGGUGAUACUCGGCCAUGCGAGGAUUUGAUUCUUGUGGGUAAAAAUGCGACCUUGUUGAUUCACGAAGCUACAUUUGAGAAUGACUUGAUUGAAGAUGCUCUCGAAAAACGGCAUAGCACUACCGAGGAGGCAGUCAAAUCAGUUCUUUUGACUCAUUUCAGUCAGAGAUAUCCAAAAGUUCCAAUAUUCACUGACGACCAUGGGACAGUAGGAAUAAGUUUUGAUUUAAUGGAAGUCACGAUAGGCGAUCUGUACAAACUUCCAAAAUAUGUCAGAGCUCUUAAAAUUCUUUAUGCGGAUGAAUGUGCCAAACGCAAGCCUAUGGAGGCAAAGUUUGCUAUUACAAAAUAUGAAACCAAUAUUCUGUAG